AUGGGUGAAAGAGAAGAAAAGAGUAAGAUUUUAAUAAUUGGAGGAACGGGACGCGUUGGAAGUCUUAUCGUCGCGUGCGAGCUAGCAUCAAAGCAAGCCACCCCACCUUCCUCCUCGUGCGGCCAUCCACCAUCGUUCUUGAUUCAUGGAAGUCUAAGCUCGUUAACUCUUUCAAGAGGGAAGGCGCCACCAUUCUCUACGUAUGGGGAUUUAGGCGACUAUGAUAGUUUGAAAAGAGCUAUCAAGCAAGUGGACGUGGUCAUCUCUGCAGUAGGGCAUGAAGGUCGAUCAGAAGUUAAGGGCCAGUUGAUGCUCCUUGAUGCCAUCCAACAAGCUGGAAACAGAUUCUACCCAUCAGAGUUUGGCAACGAUUUGGAACAAGUCCGACUUGUGGAACCAGCCAAGUCGAUGCUCGCUCAUAAACUAGUGCUGAGGCAAGCCAUGAGGGAGAAGGGCAUCCCUCACACCAUCGUCUGCAACUUCUUCUUCCAUGGCUUCUACCUCCCCCGGCUCGGCCAAGCAGAAGCAACUUCGGCUCACACUGAUGGUAAGGUAUUCAUCUCAGGCGAUGGCAACACCAAAGCCAUCUUCGUGAACGAAGUUGAUGUUGCAAAAUACACCAUCAGAUCUGUGGACGAUCCAGUGACUCUAAACAAAGUAUUGUACGUGAGGCCUCAUGCUGAUAGAACAAUUUUAGCAUCAUUGAUCCCUCCAUUGUUUAAAGAGGAUUCCGUAAUGCCUGAUUCGAUGAUGGUGAUGUUGAUUUCUCCGCUAAGAGAGGAUUCUGUAAUGCUGAGUUUGGUGAUGGUGAAAGAUUAUGCUGCCGAUGCCUCCACCAAGAGAGAUUCCACAAUGCCGAGUUCGGUGAACGUUUCGAGUGGAUCGACCUCUCGUACUAAUCAUUGCCAAUGGAUCAACCUCCCAUAA